AUGAAGUUUUCCGUUUGCCUUUCAUUAGCGGCAUUAUUGUUAUCAUCAGAAACCGUUUUAGCUGCAGCUGUUCCAUCUCCAUGGACAACUUUAACUCCAACUGCCACAAUUCCAGGAGCAACUUCAGAUUUCGGAUCUUUCGCAUUUACUAUCUUAGUUCUUGAAACUGGUAGUGCAAAGAGAAAGAGAGAUGUUACUCAAAUUAGUGAUGGUCAAGUUCAAGCUAAUACUGCUGUAGCUGCUGUCACUCAAAUUGGAGACGGUCAAAUUCAAGCAGCAACUGGUACUGUUGCAGCUGUUACUCAAAUUGGAGACGGUCAAAUUCAAGCAGCAACUGGUACUGUUGCAGCUGUUACUCAAAUUGGUGAUGGUCAAAUUCAAGCAGCAACUGGUACUGUUGCAGCUGUUACUCAAAUUGGAGACGGUCAAAUUCAAGCAGCAACUGGUACUGUUGCAGCUGUUACUCAAAUUGGAGACGGUCAAAUUCAAGCAGCAACUGGUACUGUUGCAGCUGUUACUCAAAUUGGAGACGGUCAAAUUCAAGCAGCAACUGGUACUGCUGCUGCUGUUACUCAAAUUGGUGAUGGCCAAAUUCAAGCAGCAACUGGUACUGCUGCUGCUGUUAGUCAAAUUGGUGAUGGACAAAUUCAAGCAGGCACUGCUACUGUCGCUGGUCAAAUCACCGAUGGACAAGUUCAAGCUAGUACUAACACUGUUGCUGCUCAAGCUACUGAUGGUCAAGUUUCUGGUGGUGAUAUUUUAACUGCCUGUGUUUCACCAGACGCUUUAGUUGUUACUUUAGUUGGUGGUAUUCUUUAUGAUUCUCAUGGAAGAGUUGGUUCAAUUGUCGCCAAUCGUCAAUUCCAAUUCGAUGGUCCACCACCACAAGCUGGUGCUAUCUAUGCUGGUGGUUGGUCAAUUGUUCCAUCAAGUUUUGAAUCUCCAGAAGAUGUUCCAGGUCCAUCAGAAAAUAAACCAGCUAAGGUUAAAAGAGAUGGUUCUACUGGUUACAAAUUAGCCUUAGGAACUCAAACCACUUUCUACCAAUGUUUAUCAGGUGAUUUCUACAACUUAUACGACGAAAGUAUUGGUGCUCAAUGUAGAGAAAUAGAAAUCGAUGUUUUAAGUGUUGUUGCAUGUUAA